UCUUGGGACACAUGCGGACGCGGACACAUGUCAGGACCUAAACACGAUUUUCUUCUUGAUAAGGUUUAAUUUUUGAAAACCGUCAGAUAUUAAAUGGAGUCACGUGAAGACGUUGGCCAGAUCGUCCCGUGGUUUUCAAGCGAUGAGUGGAGAAUCGCAGCCAAGCUUAUUGCCGGUGAAGAUGCCGAUCACUCAAAAGCCCUCAGUUUGAUGCGGUUGUGGAAAGCUAGGUGUGACACUCUUCCGGUUGGAGUUGAAACUUCAAUGGUUCUUCUUUGCGCACUAGAACGAGCGUCGGAAAAUUCUGCAAUUUUAGAUGACCUAGGACAACGAUUAGCCCUGAGUGCUGCUCUGACUCGUUUCCUGAACCACGCUCUUACGGCCAGCAAAGACAGUUUCAAUCAGUCCAUGUUUGAGAAAGCCAAGAGCGCAGACAUUCCAGGCUGGAUUGUUAAACUGAGACACGAGGCUGCCCACGGAAAAUCCGUUCCUGCCCUCGAGCCGUUGUUGAAAGCUGCAAAUUUUGCUCUCGACUGGCUACGAUGGCACUAUUGGAAUGAGGAACCACUUGACUGGAGCCCAUCUGUACCUCAGAUAGCGGAAAUUGUUGACGAGUGGGAAGCUUUAUGUGCCUGUCAACAUGUUGGCUACAAGAAAAUUUCCUCCCUUCCAGACGAGAACUUGAGACUGGCCAACGCUGGAGUCCGUUCUGUGGCUGAAGCUGCUAAAAAUGCAGAACAACAAAUUUUAGAUGCCACCGUCGCCUCACCGGAAAAUUUGCUCUCAGCAAUUUUGUCCAGUCAAACUUUCCUGACGCCUCCCCCUGGUCUCUACGGCAAGGAGGAAUUGCCCGAGUUGUUGAUUGCCCAGUGGAGACCCUUGCUAGGCGCCCUGCAUGCUGCUCGCUUUUUGCCGCAGCUCAUUUUAAAAUUGCACGAGAAAAAUUCCAGACUGGCUGCCUUAUGGAAUUUGUAUUUAUUGGAACGAGUGCAAAAGCUGCGGGCGGCACAGAAGAAGUUGUACUUGUCAGGAGUGGUGGUCAAAGAAACGUCCAGCCUUGCAAGGUUUUUGCAGAAAAAAAGGGAGGAGCACCCAGAGCUGCAAGUUGAGACGGACGCAAGGCAGGCCGUCGGACUGGAACUGGAGUGGCCCCUAUUUGUGGCAGCGCCGUCAAUAGAGGAGUUGAAAUCUCUCACCACCUCCGUAGCCGCAAACCCAAACAAAAAUGCUAGAAUUUACAUUGAAAGGUUGUUAUCAUUUGCUGAAACGGAAGCAACUACAAGGGACAAAAUUUUGCAAAUCUGGAGCAUAUAUUUUGGAGAGCAACCUUCCCCAGCUGAGGUUCAGGGAGACAUUCAAACAUUGGACGAUUUAGUAGAAAAAGCGCCUCAAUUGGAACAAGGUUGCAGAUGGAUACGCUUGGAUGAAUGGAAUGCAGAGGCUAUUGGAAGACUGCCCUGGCAACAGGGAUUUGUUAACUUGGAACUGAAUUUCGACAGUUGGGAAUAAAACGCUUUUGAUUUGUUAUUGUCAAAAAAACCAUAUGUUGUUUAUUUCUGUACAAAAAUAAUAACAAUC